AAUCAGUGGCUGGGUGUCAGCUUAUCAAGGCAGCCAAAAGAAAAUGGAUCUAUCGUUGCUUGUGGACAUAGAUGGAAAAAUAUCUUUUACAUAAAAAAUGAACACAAACUCCCAUAUGGUAUUUGUUUUGCUGUCUCUUCUGAUUUUCGAACUGAACUGAGCAGAAGAAUAUGCCCAUGUUAUAUAGAUCAUGUGCGAAAGUUUGGAGAAAACCAUGGAUCAUGCCAGGCUGGAAUGUCUAGUUUUUACAUUGAGGACUUAAUUAUAAUGGGAGCCCCUGGAUCAUUUUACUGGACUGGUUCUGUUUUUGUGUACAAUACAACUGCAAAUACAAUCCAUGCUUAUACUGAUUCAAAUAACCAAGUGAAAUUUGGCAGUUAUCUAGGAUACUCUGUUGGAGCUGGACAUUUUCUGACAUCAGCCAGUACAGAAGUAAUUGGAGGGGCUCCCCAACAGGAACAGACUGGUAAAGCAUACAUUUUUAGCAUUGAGAAGCAACUAAAUAUUCUAUUUGAAUUAAGGGGUAAAAAGCUUGGUUCUUACUUUGGAGCUGCAGUUUGUGCUGUGGACCUGAAUUCAGAUGGCCUCUCAGACUUGCUAGUUGGUGCUCCAAUGCAAAGUACCAUCAGAGAAGAAGGAAGAGUUUAUGUCUAUAUCAAUUCUGGUUCUGAGGCAAAGAUGGUAGAACUGAACAUAGAGCUCAGUGGGAGUGACUCAUAUGCAGCCAGGUUUGGAGAGUCCAUAGCUAAUCUAGGAGACAUUGAUAAUGAUGGUUUUGAAGAUGUAGCAAUUGGGGCUCCACAAGAAGAUAAUCUAAAAGGGGUUAUAUAUAUAUACAAUGGCAGGGAAGAUGGAAUAACGCCAUCAUUUACACAGAGAAUACAAGGACAUCAAGUCAGUAAUUCUUUAAGCAUGUUUGGACAAUCCAUAGCAAGUGGCAUUGAUGCAGAUAACAAUGGUUAUCAAGAUGUAGCAGUUGGUGCAUUUCUCUCUGAUUCUGCUGUGGUGCUGAGAACAAAACCGGUGAUAAUUGUUGAAGCGUCUUUAAAACAUCCUAAUUCAAUAAAUCGAACUAAUUUAAACUGUGUGGAAAAUGACCAGCCUGCCAUCUGUAUGAAUUUGAAGAUAUGCUUUACCUAUACAGGACGAGAGGUACCUGGUUAUAUUGUACUGGUUUAUAAUCUGAGUGUUGACAUGAAUAGAAAAGCAGAUACACAAGCAAGAUUUUAUUUUUCCUCCAAUGGAACAUCUGAUACCGUCUCAGGAAAUAUAAAGAUUUACAGCAAGAAUCUUGCCUGCAAAGAGCAUCCAGCAUUUCUGAGGAAAGAUGUAAGGGAUAUCUUGACUCCUGUACAUGUUGAAGCAAGUUAUCAUCUGGGGCAUCAUAUUCUACAGAAAAGAAAUGCUGAAGAAUUUUCACCACUUCAACCCGUUCUUCAACAGAGGAAAGAAAAAGAUGUUAUAAAAAGCAAGUUUGUCUUUGCAAGAUUUUGCUCCCAGGAAAAUUGUUCUGCUGACUUGAGAGUUUCUGGAAUAGUUGCUUUUCCAAAGCCUCAUGAUAAGAAAACAUAUCUCGCUGUUGGAAGUAUGAAGACUUUAUUGUUGAACAUUUCUCUGCUUAAUGUUGGAGAUGAUGCAUAUGAAACUGUCCUCCACUUUCAGAUCCCUAAAGGUCUUUAUUUCAUCCGGGUUUUAGAAUUGGAAGAAAAACAGAUACAUUGUGAAGUAUUAGAUGAUAAAGAAAUUCAUGCAGUGAAACUUGAGUGCAGUGUUGGUUAUUUAUAUGUAGAUCACAAAUCAAAGCUGGAUUUUAGUUUCCUCUUGGAUGCAAGCUCACUUACCAAAGCAGAUGACGACCUCAACAUCCCUGUUAAUGCUACCUGUAAAAAUGAAGAUGGGACUAUGUUGCUGGAUAACACGCAAACUUUAGCUGUACCUCUAAAAUAUGAGAUUGAAUUAAAUGCUCAUGGGUUUGUAUCACCAGCUUCAUUUGUUUAUGGAACAAAUGAGAAAGAUUCACCAGUUACGUGUAUGAAGGAGAGUAUCAACUUCACUUUCCAUGUUAUCGGUGCAGGACCAAGCAUGGCUCCAAAUACAAACUUAGAGAUAAUGAUACCUAAUGCUUUUCCACCCGAUGACUCCAAAUUAUUCAACAUAUUGGAUAUCAAGACAACAGUUGGACAGUGCUCCUAUAAUCAAUAUCCCAGAAACUGUAGUGCAGCAGAAAAAAAUGAAAACAUAUUAAAGGAUCUUGUCACUUUCUUUUCAAAACCUGCUAAGAGACAAAUGUACUGCAUGAAAAAUGACAGCCUUUGCUUGCAAAUACAUUGCAAGCUUGGAAACCUGGAAAGUGGAAGAGAAGCAACCGUUCAGUUGCAUCUGGAGGCUACUCCUUCACUUUUAGAAAUGGAUGAUGCAUCAGUAUUGAAGUUUGAAGUAAGAGCAACAGCCUCACCAGAAAAAAACGCAAAAGUUAUUGAACUACACAAGGACAAGCAAGUUGCAUAUGUCUAUUUGGAAGGAGUGCACCACCAAAAGCCAAAAUACCGUGUUACUGUGCUAAUUAUUGGAAUAGGCUUAAUAGUUGGUGUUACCUUGUUUUUGCUUCUUUCAUUUAUAUUAUGGAAGAUUGGCUUUUUCAAAAGGCAAUACAAACCAGUCCCUCAAGACAAGAACAAAAGAGACAGCUGGAGUUUUACAAAUGGAAACAAAGAUGAAUAA